GACAGUCUUCGUCUUGCUACGGCCCGUGCCGGAGAGUCGUCGUCGUCGUCGCGUCGUCUUGCCAUAGACCAAGAGGUUGUUGCUUCAGUGUUCAGUGUGGUUCAGCAGACUUGCAAAAAUGUUCACAUCUGUCAAUGUACCGUAGUGCGUUCGGGUCGUUCGGGUGGGUUUCUGCUCGAUGUUCCGUGGUGCAAGUUGGUGGUCACUUGCUUCCUUCGCGGUGCAGCUGUUGAACAGUCCACGACAGUGUGAUGUUCUGCAUUAGUAGCUGGACGUGUUGUGGAGUUGGUUGUGUCCGCUGAUGGACCAGUGUACAACAGUGAGAUUGAGAGAGAGAUAGAGAGAGAGAGAGAGGUGUGUACUGUGUACUACAGUACUACUAGCUGGCUAGAGCUAGAGCUGUCACAGAGAAAGGGUCAAACUCAGAAGAACAGUCAGCGGAUGCUGACCGAGUCUAUCCGUAGUCGUGGUCGCGGUCGUCAUGUUGUUCUGUGUGGAACCCCAGAGUGAAGGUUGAAGGCUCUCUCUGCUGUGUGUUCUCGUGACUCGUGGCGCGGAUUCCGGGUUCUUCCGGGGAACCUUCCCCAAAACAAGCUAGAGCAGCAGUCACCACAUAGAAAGAGGAAGAACACAAUCUAGGCCACACCAACAAAACUCCCAAAAACAAAAAAAAAAGGCUAUUGGUGCUCUCGCGCGGGUGCGGCAGGCUUAAUUGAGGGGCUAUCGCCGCGCGGAAUUGAUAUCCGGCUCGUUUGCAGUUCGAGCCUUCCGGACUCGAGGACAUCCCCAUUCUUUGAGCGGGGCGAUGACAUUUGAGUCACACAUUUGAAGGAAAAAAGUCACGUGUGAUUCAGAGAAAUCCUUGGAGGUGAAUCAGAAGUGAAAACAGUCAAAGUAAAAUUCAUAAAAUAGUGAAUAAUUGUGUAAAAUAGUGUAAAAAAGUGUACAAUUUAAAGUUGAUCCCAAAAAGUCUAAUAACCAUUUCUCGAAAGUGUCGUUCGAAUCUCGCUAACAGUUCUUGGUGUGUAACUUAAGGUGUGACGUCCCUACCAAGCAUAAGCAAAAGUGCAUUACGAGUCGGGCUGUGAAAUCACUUGACUCGUAAGCAAACAUUCGCCGAAUUUCGGAACGGAGAGAAGUGUGACGAGAGAGAGAGAACGAACGAAGGCAGUGUGUGGCAGAGAGGAAAGUCAACAUCAUAACAGAUCUCAACUUGUGGUCGACAGCGCACACAAAACACGGAAAGCUUUGGAAAUAAUUAAAAGCUUCCUUCUUCUGGAAAGGAAAACACCGUUUAUUGGACCUUGCAACAAUAUAUUACCGGCUGGUCGCGUGUGUGAACGAGUGUGUUUGUGGGGGUGUUCGUGGGCACGCUUCACCGAGUAUAAUAAUUAAAAAUGAAUUCAAUUGUGUUAAAAGAGGAAGAAAAGAGGAAAUGAAAAAUUGAUAAUGUCCUGUCGGAAAAGCUUCCAAGGCCGCCAAGCCGCCUUGCCGCGCUAAAUGGUAUGAAUUAUUGAAUUUUGUGUUCCUCACCACCAUCAGCGUGCUGCAGUGAAGCAGUGCAAAUCACGUGAAAACGAGGCGCCAUUAAACGGCCUGGACACCCCACGUGAACCGCCCCAGGGGGUGGCGAAGAAGAAGCUUUAAUUGAGUGAAAUUGAUAGCGUAGAAGAGGAAAGGAGGAGGAGGAAAAAAGCUCCCGGAACGAUGGCCUCCUCGGCGGUAGCAACGUUGAGUGCGGACGGCAAGACGCAGCCGGCCCAGAACCAGCAGUCCCCGCGGAACACCGGCGGCCAGUCAACGACGGCCGUCAAGCUGGGCACGAUCGAGGUGCCAAAGGCGCUCCAGGAUGGCGAAAAGUUUCUCAAGUGGGAUGAGGAUUCCUGCAAUGGUAUACCGGUGACGGUUCGCGUCGACCCUAAGGGGUUCUAUCUGUACUGGGUUGACCAGAACCACGAAAUGGACCUGCUGGAUAUUGCCACAAUUCGAGACGUUCGGACGGGACAGUACGCCAAAAAGCCACGGGACAUGAAGCUGCGCCAGCUUGUGACGAUGGGCUCCCAGGAUACGCUCGAGGAGAAAACCGUGACCAUUUGCUACGGGGCGGACUUUGUCAACGUGAACUUCAUGAACCUGUGCUGCACCCGGAAGGAGAUUGCGCGGCUGUGGUGCGACGAGCUCCUCCGGAUGGCGUACAAUCUGACCCAGCUAAACGGGCCCUCGAUAAUGUUCCUCCAGAAGGCUUACACCAAGCUCUGCCUGCAGGUCGACAAGGGCGGAAAAAUUCCGGUGAAAAACAUCAUCAAACUGUUCGCCAACAGCAAGGAGGACCGGCGGCGCGUCGAGAAAGCGCUGGACGUUUCCGGGCUGGCCUCGGGGAAAGCCGACACGCUGGCGCUGUCCAAGUUUCAGUUCGAGGACUUUUUCAAUCUGUACAAAAAUCUCACCCAAAGAUCCGAGGUGGAGAAGGUCUACGACGAGCUCGUCGGAACGUCCAAGCGGAGGCUGAUGUCGACGUCACAACUGGUGGACUUUUUAAACAAAACCCAGCGUGACCCCCGGCUGAACGAGAUCCUGCAUCCGUACGCAAACACGGCCCGGGCCCGGGAUCUAAUCCAGGAGUACGAGCCGAACAAGUUCAACGCCCAGAAGGGACAGCUCAGCUUCGAUGGCUUUCUGAGGUACUUGAUGUCGGAGGACAAUCCCAUCAUGGCCCACAGCAAGCUGGACCUGUGCGACGAUAUGGAUCAGCCGAUGUCGCACUACUUUAUCAACUCGUCGCACAACACCUACCUGACCGGGCACCAGCUGACGGGGAAAAGUUCCGUCGAGAUCUACCGCCAGAGUUUGCUCGCCGGGUGCAGAUGCGUCGAGCUGGACUUUUGGAACAGCCGCACCGAGGAGCCGGUGAUCGUCCACGGGUACACGUUCGUGCCGGAGAUUUGCGCCAAAGACGUACUAGAAGCAAUAGCUGAAACAGCAUUCAAGACAUCCGAUUUUCCUGUGAUAUUGAGUUUCGAGAACCACUGCAACCCGAGGCAGCAGGCCAAAAUAGCAAACUACUGUCGUGAUAUUUUUGGAGAUAUGUUACUAGAUAGGCCCUUAGAUUCCCACCCGCUCGAGUCCGGCCUGGAUCUGCCGCCGCCGGCGGCCCUCAAGCGAAAAAUCAUCAUUAAGAAUAAGAAGAAGCACCACCACCACCAUCAUCACCACAAAAAAGGGGGCGGCCAAGGCGGCACGGGUGGCGUGACCAGUCCGACGGCGGCGGCGAUGGCCGGGGCCGCCGGUGCCAUUGCACCGGGUGUGGCCGGACAAACGAACGCCGCCGCCGCCGUCAGCAAUAAUGGAGCAGCCAACACCACGUCGGCGAUGGCCACGGCAGCGGCCAGUCUCAUCACCACCGGCAGUGGCAGCUUCAGUGCAGCAGCCGGUGCAAGCUUACAACUGCAACAGAGCCAACAGCAGCAGCAAGAGGAAAACACUUCCAGUGCACCACCGUCACCGCUACCACUAGCAUCAAGCACCACCACCACAACCAACGGCAACAUCAACAAUAGCACAAGCACCACCAACGCAACAACACAAGCAAUAGUGACCGGAAACGGGGACGUGACGCACCAUGCACCUCCACUACAGCAAAUCCGUCAAAGUUCAAAGGAAAGCACCGGCUCGUCGGACACGGACAGCUCGAGCGACGACGAGUCGAUGCCGGGGGCCGUGGUCGGCCCGAUUGGAUCCACCGAGGCGGACAAGGUGCCGCAGACCAAAGAGACUGAAGCGGGCGCGGAGAUUUCCGCCCUCGUCAACUACGUGCAGCCGGUUCACUUUAGCAGUUUUGAAAACUCCGAGAAAAAGGCCCGUUACUACGAGAUGUCGUCGUUCGACGAGAAGCAAGCGACCACCCUGCUGAAGGAGCGCCCGAUCGAGUUCGUCAACUACAACAAGCGCCAGCUGUCGCGAGUCUAUCCGGCGGGGACACGCUUCGACAGCUCCAACUUUAUGCCCCAGUUAUUCUGGAACGCCGGCUGCCAACUGGUUGCGCUCAACUACCAAACCCUUGAUCUCGCGAUGCAGCUCAACCUGGGCCUGUUCGAGUACAACUACCGGUGCGGGUACAUGCUGAAGCCGGAGUUUAUGCGCCGCAAGGACCGCCGGCUGGACCCGUUCGCCGAGAGUACGGUCGACGGCAUCAUCGCUGGUACGGUGAUCGUGACCGUGCUGUCGGGGCAGUUUCUGACGGACAAGAAGGUCGGCACGUACGUUGAGGUGGACAUGUUUGGCCUGCCGGCGGACACGGUGCGGAAAAAAUUCCGAACACGGAUCGUGCGCGAUAACGGGAUCAAUCCGUGCUACGGUGAGGAGCCGUUCGUUUUCAAGAAGGUGGUGCUCCCGGAGCUGGCCAGCAUUCGGAUAGCGGCGUACGAGGAGGGUGGGAAGCUGAUCGGGCACCGGGUGCUGCCGGUGAUUGGACUGUGUCCCGGGCUGAGGCAUCUGACGUUGAGGACCGAGGUGGGACAGCCGAUCACGCUGGCGACGCUGUUUCUUUCGAUUGUCGUGAAGGAUUACGUUCCGGAUGGGUUGUCUGAGCUGGCGGAAGCGCUCGCCAAUCCGAUCAAGUACCAGAGCGAGCUGGAGAAGCGCUCGGAACAGCUGGCGGUGCUGCAGGAGGACAUGGAACCAAUCGAGGAAGAUUCAUGUCCGCGGAAGGAUACGCUGAAGACCAGUGACAACGUGACCGGAAGUCCCAAGCACCGGACGAGCAUACAACCGCCGUCGACGACCGGCGCCACGGAAAGCAGCACAGACCACGAGCGGGAAACCCCGCUGGAGGUGAUCUCCAAGGUGGUGGCCCUUCCCGUAGCUCAGUCCUCCGUCGACAGGACCAGCCCAAUGCUGGUGAAGCAAGUCACAAUCCAACAGCAGCCCACGACAAUCCAGGAAAAGCACGACAGUAAAGGACACACGACGGCCGGCGCAGAUCACACCAUCAGCAAAAUCGUAGCCGACCCGUUGGAAAAGAUCUUUGAGGACAAACAGGUCCGCAAGAAGCGGGACGCCCUGGAGAAAGAACUGAAAGCACUGAAAAAGAGUCACGACAAGGAAAAGAUGAAGCUCACCUCGCAGAAAAGUGGCGACCUAACCGACGGCAUCAAAAAGAGCAAAUUUGGCAUGGGCAACAAGCUGGUGAAGCGGUUCAGCAGUAAAAACAUGGCCGACAUGAACAUCCGGAUACCGCCGUGUGUCAAUCCGGACGGGGAUAAUGCGUGUGAUAAUAGUGCGCAUGCCGAGCGGCUCAAGCAGGUUUGUCGCGACCACGCGAGCAGCUAUCGGGACGUGUUGGAAAAGUACCAUGAGGUGAUUUACAACCUGGCCGACGAUUUGCUGCGGCAGUCGCAGGAGAACCAGAUGAAGCAGAUGAAGACCAACAUGGAGCGCGAAACGAGCGAGGUGAUGCGACAGCUCCAACUUUCACGAAAAAACGAAGUCAAACAGCUAGCCCAGGUGCACAAAGACAAGGACGAGUUGGAAAGAAUGAAACGCGAAGUGGACUCCACGCUAGUGGAAAAGGGCGUGGCCGAGCGGGUCCGGCUGACGGCCACGUACGAACGCAAACGGGACGAGCUGCAGCGGCAGCACGACCUCGUCAAGCAGGGCCUCGAUGAUCAUCGGGCGAAGGCCAAAGCGAUGCUCGACAAGGAGGCGGAAUCUCACGCGUGCAUUUCGGAGACGUUCCUGGCCCAUCUCAACACGAGUGCGAGCACGACCAGCUGCUCGUCGGUGGCCACGCUACCCACCACAUCCCUGUCCAGUGGGAAUCUGUGCGGCAGUGCAGCUGGCGGUGGCACCAUCACCAAAUCGGUCUCGACGUCGUCGACGAACGCGCACGGAAACAACGUUAACAAUACUCACGCCUAGAGAAACUCCUCCUCGCUGGAAGAGGGCGGUGUGAUAAGUCGAUGCUAGUCAUUUAGGAGAAAGAGAAAAGAAAAACAAUCAGCAAUUUUGGGGAGAAAUUUGAAGCACCGGAGAGAGAACCAAACAAAACGACGAUUCUAUAUCCCACACUUUGACUGAAACUCAACUGAAAAAGGAGUAAAUUUUGCUUUCGCGGAGUCACGUCGCACGACUCCGCCAUUUUGUGUACAAAAAAAGGGAAUUCCAUUUACGUUUUUUGUGACGGAAAUUACUGGCCUAAUUAGAAUUAUUUUAAAACAUCAACUCUACGAAAAAAAAAAAAAACAAAAAUCCAAACGCUUCGACGCGAGUCGUCACUCGCAGCUUGUGUAUUUUCGCGCUCAUGUACAGAAAUGUGUUUUGUGAAAGAAGUCGUCUAAACAUUUUACCACACACGAGUCUG